AAAAUAGCCACCACGCUCUCCGCAUAGAAACCCUCCCGGCUCAGCCUCGACCGCGCAGCGCCGCCGCCUUCUUCUAGGGCUCGCUCCUUCUCCCUCACCUCCGCCGCCGCCGAGCCCGAGCAAGAUGGUGCUCCAGAACGACAUCGACCUGCUUAACCCGCCAGCGGAGCUCGAGAAGCUCAAGCACAAGAAGAAGCGCCUUGUCCAGUCCCCCAACUCGUUCUUCAUGGACGUCAAGUGCCAGGGAUGCUUCAACAUAACCACUGUUUUCAGUCACUCCCAAACUGUUGUUGUGUGCCCGGGCUGCCAAACUGUCCUCUGCCAGCCCACAGGAGGAAAGGCCAGGCUCACAGAGGGCUGCUCCUUCCGCCGGAAGGGUGACUAGAGCAGAGUCUGGAAGGCGAUGUUUGUACUGAGCAAGUGUUUCACUUUCCAGUAUGUAGUCUUCAAAUUUUGCUCUAUGUUAGCGUCUUGAAACUGCUGUUUAGCUAAGGCUUUCCAUAUCUGUUCCAGUGCUAUGUAUUGGAUGCUACCAGUAAAUGUUGUGUUUGUUUUCUGGUUUGUCUAAUUUAUUAGCUGGGGUUGUUUUGGAUUUUGAUGAACUAAAUUGGUGGUUAGUAUCAGCGGUGAAAUCUUUGAAUUAUUAUGCUCUGGUAUCGAAGGUGUUUGUUGAUA